AUUAAAUGGAAUGAGAAGAACCACAUGUUUCAGGCUUAUAAAUCAUUUGAUUUGUCAUCAAUUUCAUAUUUUAUAAAAUGAUAUGUUGAUUUUGAUUAGUCAUUAGAGUAUCGGACAUGAUUAAUAAAUAAUAUCUCUUCUUAUUCUCUCGAUAAUAUUGAUUUUAAGCAAAGAGCAGUAUGACUGUUUGCAAGUCAUAGAGAAAAACGAGUUAAUUGUGCAAUUGACAAAACGCUCCCCGAAGUUCACGUAAUUGUAGUAGUAUGCCCCGAUUUUUGAAAAGUGAGUCUCCGACCCCUUUUCCCUCCGCGGACACCGCUGUUUUUGGCCGACUCAAUAUAACGAUAUAUGGUUCCUCACUACUCUCACUCAAGACAACACACCAAUGCAAAUGCAAGACAUUUUCGGGUCAGUUCGCCGAUCGCUUGUGUUUCGUACUACGCCGGAGAACGAAGAAGCCUCACUUGGAGGAACCCUAGUUGAUAAGAUCAAUUCGUGCAUCCGCAAGUCCAGAGUCUUCUCUAAACCUUUUCCGGCAUCUUCGCCAUUGCCACCGAUCACAAAGGAAUCUUCGCUUAUGAUCCGAUGGCGCAAAGGCGAGUUGAUCGGAUGUGGUGCCUUUGGCCGAGUUUACAUGGGCAUGAAUCUUGACUCUGGAGAGCUUCUGGCAGUAAAACAAGUUCUGAUCGCGGCUAGUAGUGCUUCGAAGGAGAAGGCACAGACUCACAUAAAGGAGCUUGAGGAAGAAGUUAAGCUUCUUAAAGAUCUUUCCCAUCCCAAUAUUGUUAGAUAUUUGGGUACAGUUAGGGAGGAGGACACAUUAAAUAUUCUUCUGGAAUUUGUACCAGGUGGAUCCAUAUCGUCACUUCUGGGGAAGUUUGGAGCUUUCCCUGAGGCUGUUAUUAGAACUUUCACGAAGCAAUUACUGCUGGGACUUGAGUACUUGCACAAAAAUGGAAUCAUGCACAGGGACAUUAAGGGGGCAAAUAUCCUCGUUGAUAAUAAAGGGUGCAUAAAACUUGCAGAUUUUGGGGCGUCCAAACAGGUCGUUGAGCUGGCUACCAUUACCGGUACCAAGUCUAUGAAGGGUACUCCAUAUUGGAUGGCUCCUGAAGUUAUUCUCCAGACUGGGCAUAGCUUCUCUGCUGAUAUAUGGAGCGUUGGGUGUACUGUGAUUGAAAUGGCCACUGGAAAACCUCCUUGGAGCCAGCAGUACCAAGAGGUUGCUGCUCUCUUCCAUAUAGGGACAACAAAGUCUCAUCCACCAAUUCCGGAUCAUCUUUCUCUUGGAGCAAAAGAUUUUCUAUUAAAAUGUUUGCAGAAGGAACCAGUCUUACGGCCAUCAGCAUCAGAACUGUUGCAGCAUCCCUUUGUUACUGGCGAGCACAUGGGUUCAAUUCCUGCGUCAUGUACAGCAAUGCAGGGAAAAUUUGAAGCUUCCUCAGCAUCUUGCACCUCAAACAUCGAAACUCCCUCAAUUGUACAUCCUGAGGAAGAAGAGAAUAAAGAGUAUUGGGGAAUGGGCAAUGAUGACGACAUGUGUGAGAUUGAUGACAAAGAUGACUUCUCGGAGGGGGCUGUUAAACUUAGAUCCUCGAUGUCAGAAAAUAUUAUGAGUUUCAACCCGAUGUCUGAUCCCUCUGAUGAUUGGAGUUGCGAAUUCGAUGUGAGUCCAGGACUGGAUCGUUGUGGAGUUAGUAUUACCACUGACGAAAUGCAUAAGCCUGCUGACAACCUGGAGGCUUCCCAUGAGGAGCAGAAAGAUUUUUCCUUUUCAGGCGAACCAUCAGUGUCCGAGGAGGAUGAACAACUUACUGAGUCAAAAAUACAAGCUUUUUUGGAUGAGAAGGCUCUAGGACUGAAAAAACUGCAAACACCUUUAUAUGAAGAGUUCUACAACAGUUUCAAUACAUCUUGUUCUCCCGAUGCGGUUGAAAACUCAAAUGACGAAACUACUCCGAAGUUCUUGAAAUUACCUCCCAAAAGCAGGUCCCCGAAUCGGGUAGCAAUUGGCACCCCAUCAAAAGCAGUCGACCAUACCGAAAGUCCGGGAAGUACUGGCAGGUCCUCCCCGAAUGUUGGGAAUGCAACUGAUCAUAAUUCACAGAACAUACCAUCACCCCCCCUCAAUGAAUGGAAAGGAUUGCUAGUUGAUUCCCAGCAGGAGCCUCCUAGCCCAAGUUUAAGCUUUUCCGAGAGACAGAAGAAGUGGAAAGAAGAACUUGACCAGGAGCUUGAGAGAAAGCGCGAAAUGAUGCGUCAAGCUGGUAUAGGGGGGAAAACAUCAUCACCAAAGGAUCGAGCCUUAAAUCGGCAGAGAGAACGGACGAGAUUUGCAUCGCCCAGCACAUAAAGACGGUCGGAUCCCACAAAAAUAUUUGCAGCUGGGGAUUGCAAACACGAGCUUCACUGCAGGGUGUUCAUAUUUUUGUUAUACCCGAUUCGGCCGGUUUGCCUGCCGACUCAUUGAAUUAUUCGAUGUGGUGUCAUCCAGUCUCAUAGAGCCUCAAUGCUAUGUUCUUCCAAGUGUUGUGCUGUGUAAAGCACUAAUAGCCGGGUGUUGCUUGAAAAUCUCUUCAAUUUCCUUUGCUUGAGAAAUGGUUGCACUUCUUUAGCAUGUGUGCCCCGAUUGUAUUAUGAAUUGAAAAAAUAAUCAGAAUUGUGUGGCUUCAGAUUGCUUA